AUGCCCUGGAUGUUUAACAAGCUCUGGACAGGACACCUCAUCACCCUCCUCCCACUCUCCUCCCCUGCCUCCACCAUAAUUGGACCCACAUCCCACAAUAAGCAGCAUAAGUAUCUUCAGGAGACUGGAAAGGAACUUGCUGUGAAUGAGAUGGUAGAGGCCAAUGCAGGUCAAGAAGUAAUCAGGAAGCAGAUUCGGACUAAACAAGCCAAAACCGCAGGGUGUGUGCUGGUGGUAUCUGUGGUCGAACAGCUGGCUCAAGUUCACAACUCUACGAUCCAGGCCUCAAUGGAGCUACUGUGCAGUUACCUGCCUAAAAAACUGUUCUUGAAAACCACCUGCUAUUUAAUGGUUCACAAGUUUGGAUCAGACAUCAUAAAACUGCUUGAGGCAGGUAUGAAUGCUGAUGUGGUGUGUCACACUCUGGAAUUUUGUAAGCAGAACACUGGCCAACCACAGUGCCAUCUCUACCCCCUUCCCAAGGAGCCAUGGAAAUUUACACUAGAGAAGGCAAGACAAAUUGUCAAGAAAUCCUCCACCUUGCAAUAUCCUAGAAGUGGUUCCGAUAUUUGUUCACUCCCGUUUUUGGCCAAGAUCUGUCAGAAAAUUAAAUUAUCUAUAACAAAUUCUGUGCCAUACAAAGAUAUGGACUCAGACAAAUACAGUGUUUUCCCAACACUGCGGGGCUAUCACUGGAGAGGGAGAGACUGUAACGACAGUGACAAGACAGUAUAUCCUGGCAGAAGGCCAGACAAUUGGGACAUUCAUCGGGAUUCAAAUUGUAAUGGCAUUUGGGGUAAAGAUCCCAAAGAUGGAAUUGCAUAUGAGAAGAAAUUCUGUGAAGGUUCACAGCCCAGGGGAAUCAUUUUGCUGGGAGACUCAGCUGGGGCUCAUUUUCACAUCCCUCCCGAAUGGCUCACAGCUUCGCAGAUGUCUUUGAAUUCCUUCUUCAGUUUGCCAAUGGCAAUUACCAAUGAGCUUGACUGGCCCCAACGCUCUGGUGUUACUGGAUUUCUGGACUCCACAAGCAGAACUGAAGAAAAAUCUAUUUACCUUCGUUUACGGAGAAGAAACCACUGUAACCACAGGGACUACCAGAAUAUUUCAAGAAAUGGUGCAUCUUCCCAUAACCUGGAGGAAUUUAUAAAAAGCUUGUCUAGGAACCAACUGUUGGACCAUCCAGCCAUUGUCAUAUAUGCCAUGAUUGGAAAUGAUGUCUGCAAUGGGUGAGUUACUGAGAAAGAAAACUUUUCAAAAGUUUUUGGAACUCUGAUGUAUCUAAAUUCCCACCUGCCCAAUGGCAGCCAUGUCAUUUUAUAUGGCUUGCCAGAUGGCACAUUUCUCUGGGAUAAUCUGCACAACAAAUAUCAUCCUCUCGGCCAGCUAAAUAAAGAUGUGACUUACGCACAGCUCUACUCCUUCCUGGGCUGCCUCCAGGUCAGCCCCUGCAGUGGCUGGUUGACUUCCAACAAGACGCUCCGGACUCUCACUUCAGAGAGAGCGGAACAACUCUCCAAUACACUGAAAAAAAUUGCGACCAGUGAGAAAUUUACGAACUUCAAUCUUUUCUACAUGGAUUUUGCCUUCCAAGAAAUCAUAGAGGAGUGGCGGAGGAGAGGUGGACAGCCCUGGCAGCUCAUUGAACCCGUAGAUGGAUUCCACCCCAACGAGGUGGCUUCGUUCCUGCUGGCAGAGAAUUUCUGGAAGAAAGUGCAGCUCCAGUGGCCCCAGGUCCUGGGAAAGGAGAAUCCAUUCAAUUCCCAGAUUGAGCAGGUGUUUGGAGACCAAGGUGGGCACUGAGUGUCUCAGGCAUACACACCUGAGGAUCACAGGGAGGCAGAAACUUGGAUCAACUCAUCAACAGCGUGUUCAGGGGCCCCCAUGUCACAGGCCAAAGUAUCCUCUGCAGCAGCAUCUUUGCAAAAUUCUUUCCUCAAGAGAAGAGCUGAAUACUGUUGUGGUGCCAUGUUCUUCCAGGGUCAAUUCCCCUUCAGCUUUCCCUGAAAUAACCCUUAAUAAAGCAGU